AUGAACCAGCCCCCAAGGAUGGCACCCGUGGGCACAGACAAGGAGCUCAGCGACCUCCUGGACUUCAGCAUGAUGUUCCCUCUACCUGUGGCCAAUGGGAAGGGCCGGCCUGCCACCCUCGCCGGCAGCCAGUUUGCAAGCUCAGGUCUUGAGGAACGACCCAGCUCAGGCUCCUGGGGUGCCGGCGACCAGAACAGUUCCUCCUUUGACCCCAGCAGGACCUAUGGCGAAGGCACCCACUUCAGCGAGUCUCACAGCAGCCUCACUUCAUCCACAUUCCUGGGACCCAGCCUCGGGGGCAAAGUCAGUGAGCGGGCUGCGUAUGCCACCUUCGGGAGAGAUGCCGGCGUUGGUGGCUUAAGUCAGGCUGGCUUCCUGCCGAGUGAGUUGGCCCUCAGCAGCCCGGGGCCACUGUCCCCCUCAGGCGUAAAAGGGAGUACCCAGUACUACUCCUCCUACCCCAGCAACCCCCGGCGGAGAGCUGCAGACGGCAGCAGCCUGGAUGCGCAGCCCAAGAAGGUCCGGAAGGUUCCGCCAGGGCUCCCAUCCUCAGUGUACCCACCCAGCUCAGGUGAUGACUAUGGCAGAGACACCACCACCUACCCAGCUACCAAGACCCCCAGCAGCGCCUACCCUGCCCCCUUCUACAUGGCUGAUGGCAGCCUGCACCCCUCAGCCGAACUCUGGGCCCCCCCAGGCCAGGCGGGCUUCGGGCCCAUGCUAGGCGGGGGCUCGUCCCCCCUGCCCCUCCCACCUGGGAGUGGUGCCAGCUCCUCCGGCAGUGGUGGUGGCGCGUUUGGCGGCCUGCAGCAGCACGAGCGCAUGGGCUACCCGCUGCACGGAGCUGAGGUGAACGGCGGCCUGCCUGCUGUGUCCAGCUUCUCCUCGGCCCCUGGGGCUACCUACAGCAGCGUCACCAGCCACACACCCCCCGUCAGCGGGGCUGACAGCCUCCUGGGCUCCCGUGGGACCACAGCCGGCAGCUCCGGGGAUGCUCUCGGGAAGGCACUGGCCUCGAUCUACUCCCCGGAUCACUCAAGCAACAACUUUUCAUCCAGCCCUUCGACCCCCGUGGGCUCUCCGCAGGGCUUAGCAGGGAGUUCCCAGUGGCCCCGAGCGGGAGCCCCCGGUGCCUUGUCACCCAGCUAUGAUGGGGGUCUACAUGGCCUGCAGAGCAAGCUGGAGGACCACUUGGACGAGGCCAUCCACGUGCUGCGCAGCCAUGCCGUGGGCACAGCCAGUGACGUCCACGGGGUGCUGCCCAGCCCUGGUGCUCUGGCAUCAGGCUUCACUGGCCCCAUCAUGCCACUGGGCAGCCGGCACACCAGCCUGGUCGGAGGCGGUCACACGGAUGACGGCCUCUCGGGCAGUGCCAGCCUACUGCACAACCACGUGGCCCUCCCCAGCCAGCCCAGCACGCUCCCGGACCUCUCCCGGCCGCCGCCCGACUCCUACAGUGGCCUCGGGCGGACGGGCGUGGCCUCGGGCGCCGGGGAGAUCAAGCGGGAGGAGAAGGAGGACGAGGAGAACGCAUCUGUGGCCGACAACUCAGAGGAGGACAAGAAGGAGCUGAAGCCCUCGCGGACACGGACCAGCCCAGAGGAGGACGAGGACGACCUCCUCCCCCCCGAACAGAAGGCCGAGCGGGAGAAGGAGCGCCGUGUGGCCAAUAACGCGAGGGAGCGGCUGCGGGUGCGCGACAUCAAUGAGGCCUUUAAGGAGCUGGGUCGUAUGUGCCAGCUGCACCUCAACAGUGAGAAGCCCCAGACCAAACUGCUCAUCUUGCACCAGGCCGUGUCAGUCAUCCUGAACCUGGAGCAGCAAGUGCGAGAACGCAACCUGAACCCCAAAGCAGCCUGCCUGAAACGCCGAGAGGAAGAGAAGGUGUCUGGUGUGGUCGGGGACCCCCAGAUGGUGCUGUCGGCCGCCCACCCGGGCCUGAGUGAGGCCCACAACCCCGCUGGACACAUGUGA